AGUAUCAGACGUGUUACUAUACCGAACGGUUCUGCGCUCGCUCUGCGCUCCCAUUUCCCCUGUACUACAAAUAGAUGCAUAUAUAUAUAUAUAUAUAUAUAGAUUUAUAUAUCUGCACUUAUGUGAGCGACUUGUUUAAGCAAAUAUUAUCGCUAGAAAUAAUAAGAAGCAGCCAGUGGUGAAGUGAUUAAGUUCGAGAAAGAAAGCAAGACAAAAGCAAGAGAGUACGAAAAUACCAGAAGGCGGCAGUGGAAAAUCGAUCAGAAAUCCGCCGGAAUCGCCGCCAUGCAUACGUUAUUCAGCGACCAGAACUCCUUUACGCGCCACUAUGCCCAGACCGCAGCCGGUUACGGAUCCGCAUCCGCGGUGGCGGCGGCCAGCAGCGCCUCCGCUGCAGCAGCGGCACAUUACGCAUACGACCAGUACUCCCGCUAUCCGUACUCGGCCAGCGCCUACGGCCUGGGUGCCCCGCACCAGAACAAGGAGAUUGUAAAGCCACCUUACUCGUACAUCGCCCUGAUAGCCAUGGCCAUCCAGAAUGCGGCGGACAAGAAGGUGACCCUGAACGGGAUCUAUCAGUACAUCAUGGAGCGAUUUCCCUACUAUCGCGACAACAAGCAGGGCUGGCAGAACUCCAUUCGGCACAAUCUUAGCCUCAACGAGUGCUUCGUGAAGGUGGCCCGCGAUGACAAGAAGCCCGGCAAGGGCUCCUACUGGACUCUGGAUCCGGACUCCUACAACAUGUUCGACAACGGCUCCUUCCUUCGCCGGCGUCGCCGCUUCAAGAAGAAGGAUGUGAUGCGGGAGAAGGAGGAGGCCAUCAAGCGGCAGGCCAUGAUGAACGAGAAGCUGGCCGAGAUGAAGCCCCUCAAGCUGAUGACCAACGGCAUACUGGAGGCCAAGCACAUGGCCGCCCAUGCUGCCCACUUCAAAAAGGAGCCCCUAAUGGACUUGGGUUGUCUAAGUGGCAAGGAGGUCUCCCAUGCCGCAAUGCUCAACUCCUGCCACGACAGCUUGGCCCAAAUGAACCACUUGGCUGGCGGCGGAGUGGAGCAUCCCGGCUUCACCGUGGACUCACUCAUGAAUGUGUACAACCCGCGGAUCCAUCACAGCGCCUAUCCCUACCACUUGAACGAGGACAACUUGGCCACGGUGGCCAGCAGUCAGAUGCAUCAUGUCCACCACGCUGCGGCGGCCCAUCAUGCCCAGCAACUGCAGCGUCAUGUGGCGCACGUGGCCCAUCCUCUGACCCCCGGCGGCCAAGGAGCGGGAGGCCAAUCGUCCGGACACUCGCCCACCACGAUCUCAACUCCGCAUGGUCCCGCGCACGGGGGUUGGUAUACCCCGGAAACGCCACCAUCGGAACCCGUUCCUCACAAUGGGCAGCAGGGCACACCCACCCACCCGGGACAUAAUAACAACAACAGCAGCAGCGUACUCAACCACAAUGGAGUGGGCAACGGUGGCGGAGGCGGCGGCGGUGGCGGUGGAGGAUCCUCCAGCGUGCUGACCAGCAGUCCCACAUCGGCACUGGGUUUCCGCGACAUGAUCUUCGAGCAGAACCAAUCCUGCCAACUGGACACCGGUAGUCCCACCGGCAGCCUACAAUCCGCCAGUCCACCUGCCUCCGCAUCCGUGGCAGCGGCAUCAGCGGCAGCAGCGGCGGCGGUGAUCAGUAGCCACCACCACCACCAUCAUCACCAUGCGGCGCUUAGCGGGAACCUGGGCCAGCUGGGUCAGCUGAGCAAUCUGAGCCACUACCGACCGCAUGUGGGCCACUACCAGGAGUACGGCAUCAAGUACGGGGUGUAAGCCUGUGGGCUGGAUUCUCGGCGACUGGGCUGGGCUCUCUUGUAUAUUCCUGUAAAUACAUACACCAUAUAAUAUACCCAAGAACGAGUCUACACAGCCUGGGGGUGGUGAUCCCUCGGGGUCCAGAGUCUGCUAUCUCAGAUCUUUUUGUUUCCAACUUGUUUUCGAUUUAUCCGUAUACGAAAUAAUGGGGGACAUAGCUGUUAAGCAACCGCAUUAACGUAUUGUAUUGUAUUAACUGUAUUUGUAAUUGUAGCUCGUAAUUGUUAUCGAAUUUAGGCAUAGUCCCAAUUGUCUGCUACGCAAUUUGUGAUGGGGUUUUGCUACACAGAACAUAAACUUAAAUUAGAGCAUUUUGUCAAUAACUAAAACUACCGCAUCGGAUCGAUCUAUCAUCGCCUAGUACACUAGCCUAGCCCACGUAAGCAAUAAUAAAUUAUACAACUAAAUCGUAGCUAUAACAUAACUAUCAAAACUAGCGUACCACCAAUAUGAGCCGAACAAAAAGUGUAUUGAAAAUAUGUUAAAAUAUCUC